AUGUCUUGUGCCGUCAAAGCUGCUGUCACAUUCAUAUAUCCAUCCAAAGAUCGAAGAACAUGUCAUCCUAACUAUGGUCCCCUAGCAAAUCUGCCAACAGGUGUCAAGGUCGACCCAAAGGAUGUGCCCCCUCCAACGCCUGUCACCCUUCCUCAAAGCCGACCCCAACUACACGCCCCCUCGGCGCCAACCGAUCAAGCGAAGCCACUGACUUCAAUCCUGCAAAAUGUAUAUCGCCCCGGAGACGUCACAUCCGCCAUCUUUGACGCCUUGGGCAUACAUCUCAUCCCGGACACCCCUCCCGCAGACCUUUUCCCGGACUCGACUUACCUGCCCAGCUUUGAGGGAUGGGACCGGCUCUCCCCAGAUGAAGCACGUGAGAAGAAUGCAGAGACGCGCAACGUUCUGAACAACGGCGUCCAGUCCCCUGGCUGUCAGACCUAUCUCGAUCGUAAGCGUGAGCUGUCUCAUUCCAAUGAAGAUGCCUUCCGAACAGUAAGGCGCAUUCCCGCGCCCAAGGGCCAGCAGCAGGCACGCCUUGGCAACUCGUACGAGUUUUUCAGAUGCCUCGAGGCCUUCACUACUUACUGGGACGAUACGUCCAACCCUUCAAAGCCCCUCGAAGAGACGGGAGACAAGACCGUCGUUGAUGCGGACAAGUCUGAGCGGGACAACCCGCAGACCCCGGGCCACCAGCGUGUCAUCCGCACCUCAGCCGGCUCAUCAAUGCCUGGCGAGUAUCGCCAGAGCCUUCUGACAGCCUUUCUCAAGCUCGUGGCAUAUGACUUUGGUUGCAACGUUUCAGCUCCCCGAACCGAGCCCCGUCUGCACAUUACAGCCGCACCCUCCCCUUCGCAGUCCUCCAAGUGUCAGGUUGAACCACUGGCCCCGAGAAGCUCCUAUUUUGCUUCUGGGUGUACCUUCAUCUUCCGCACACCCAGGACGCGUGAAGCUGCUCGCCAAGGUGUGGUGGAAGGUCCCCUGGCGGCCGUCUCUGCUCGCGCAACCACGUCCUUCGAAAACGAAAACGACCAGGCCAUCGACUUGGCUCGUGAACUGGUAGCUGCCCUCGUCACGGCGCAGCACCGUGCGAGAGAGGGCAAGACAGAGAAGCGGUUUGGUGAAGGUGCUUGGUGGGCUACCAAGCCUCGUUGGGGAGGAGGCUCUGGGGGCCCUAUCGGCCGGGAGGUUGAGAGGGAUGCCAUUCAGGGCGACAAGGAUAACGUCGACGCUGAGACGGGUCAGCCCGCCAGCAAACGACCGCGCAAAAACAUGUCCAUCUACGACAACUAUCGUAUGAUCCGCCCGCCCUCGGCCAGCUGGGACCGCAAGACUCGCUACGAGGCCAUUGGCAAGGUCAAAGGAGCUGGCUACGACGACAUUUAUGUCAUCAGCUCCUUGUUCCACCAUGUUAGUAUCCUGCGCGUGCGUGUGCCGGAGCGUCUUCUAGAGGUGCUCGAAGGCGCGGGCGAGGAUGACACCCAGCGUAGGUGGGGCCAGGUUGAGGUGCGCCGCAGUCCCUGGUACGACUUUUUUGUCCUGGAACAGCGUAUCGAGGCCAUGAAGCUGGUGUGGUCCUUGAUGGCCUGGCUCAUGAGAAAAGAAAAGGAACCGGCCGAGAAGACGGAGGAGGACGUUAAGAUGGCCGAUGCAUGA